AUGAAAACCAAGAAUAUGGAGUUAGAUUUCCUGUGGCUGAUUCUGGCAGUGCUGGUGGGAGCAUAUGUUUUUCUAUUUGGUUUUCUUAAGAAAAUAAAUGAAUGGUACUAUGUUUUUCCGUUGGGGAAGAUGCAAAACUCUCUCCCACCAGGUGAUAUGGGUUGGCCUUUCAUUGGCAAUAUGUGGUCUUUUCUCAAAGCUUUCAGAUCCAAAGACCCUGACACCUUCAUCAACAACUUGGUUGAAAGGUAUGGUAGAACUGGAAUUUACAAGUCCUACUUGUUUGGAAGCCCAAGCAUCAUAGUUUGUAUCCCUGAAACAUGUAAGAAAGUCUUGACAGAUGAAAGAUUUGCUCCUGGAUACCCUGUAUCCGUAAAGAAGUUGUUAGGAAGCAAGUCGUUUCACGGUGUUUCCCAUUUAGAACACAGGCGUUUGCGCAAGCUAACGACAGCUCCAAUUAAUGGCCAUGAAGCACUUGCUAUUUAUAUUGGAUAUAUUGUGGAUAUUGUGAUCAGUGCCUUGGAAGAAUGGGCCAGCAUGAACAGGCCAAUUGAAUUCUUGAAGGAGAUGGAGAAGGUCACUUUCAUGGUCUUUACACAUAUCUUCAUCGGAUCUGGUGCUGAAUCAAUUCGUGAGUCAAUGAAGAAGUAUCAUAAUGACUUCCACCAUGGAUUAUUAUCUGCUGCAUAUAAUAUUCCUGGUUUUCCGUUCCAUAAAGCUCUCAAGGCGAGGAAUAUGUUGGUAAAGAUCUUUCAUGAUGUUCUGGAUGAAAGAAGGACCAGAGCUAAGAGUGAUGAUCCAAAUGAAAAGAGAGGCAUGAUCGAUCUACUUAUGGAAAUUGAAGAUGAGAAUGGUGACAAGUUCAGUGAUACUGAUAUAAUUGAUUUACUACUAACGUUCUUGUCCGCUGGGUUUGGAAGCACCGCCAAUGCAGCAACCUGGACUACCAUCUACCUACAUGACCACCCAGAAAUUUUACAAAAAGCUAAGGAAGAGCAGGAGGAAAUCUUAAAGAGAAGACCAUCUGCACAAAAGGGGUUGAAUCUUAUGGAUAUCAGACAAAUGGAAUAUCUUGCAAAGGUGAUUGAUGAGACACUGAGAAAGAGCAAUCCUGCAUUUUCCAAUUUCCGAGUGGCACAAGAUGAUGUUAACAUCGAUGGUUAUUUCAUACCAAAAGGAUGGAAGGUUCUGGUUUGGACAAGGGGUGUUCACAUGGACCCUGAAACAUACGUGAAUCCAAAAGAGUUUCUUCCUACAAGAUGGGAUAAUCAAAAAGCCAAAGCAGGAUCCUUUCUACCUUUUGGAGGUGGAAGCAGGAUUUGCCCUGGAGCUGAUUUGGCCAAGCUUCAGCUCUCCAUAUUUCUUCACUAUUUUCUCCUCAACUGCAAACUGGAACAAAUCAAUCCUGGAGGUCCAAUUGUGUACUUGCCAGUGCCAAGGCCUUUAGACAACUGCCUUGCAAAAGUAAUCAAGCUCCCAUAA